AUGGGACUACAAGAUAAUGGACUAAUUGGAUGUGACUUUAAGCGAAACACUGCAGAGAUGUUGAAGUUGAAAUUGAAAUUGAAAUCGACGUCGAAGCCCAAGUUCAAGUCCAAGUCCAAGUCGAACAAGAUUGUAUUGAAGACUUCCGAUAAUAAGAGAUUGACGAUGAAAAAAACAAUUGCAAAUCAAUCUCAAACGCUUAAGCAGAUGGUCAAGAAUGAUGGCGCGAAUAAGGUUAUUCAUUUGUCAAAUAUCACUUACAAGAUCAUGGUCAAGGUUAAGGAGUACUGCAAUAAACAUGCUAAUGAUCCUCUCAACUCAUGUUUCGAGUCGACCAAAGAAAUUCUUGUUGAUCAAGAACUCAAGAAAUUUGAUUCAGAAUUCGUCCAAGUGGAUGUGGAGACACUGUUUCAUCUCAUUAUGGCUGCAAGAUUCUUGAAUAUCAAGAACCUAUUGGAUUUACUUUGUACGGCUGUGGCAAAUAUGAUAAAAGAAAACAGCAUCGAGGAGCUUAGGAAGAAACUUAGGAUCGAGAACGAUUACACUCCAGAGGAAGAAGAGGAAGUUCGUAAGGAGAUUGGUUGGCCAAUUGAAUAA